AUGGAGGCACAACCGAUCCCAGCCGAGCUGGCUGCGAAACUGCUUGGAAACCGCGUGGCAGUGUCGCCAAUCGUCACGGUGGAACCACGUCGACGCAAAUUCCACAAGCCCAUCACGUUGACCAUUCCUGUGCCUCAGGCGGCCAACAAGGGCAUGAUCAACCAGUACUCGGGAGAUGCACCCACCCUCAGGCUGCUCUGCAGUAUCACCGGUGGAACAACAAGAGCUCAAUGGGAGGAUGUGACAGGCUCAACUCCACUAACCUUUGUCAACGACUGUGUCUCGUUCACAACCACAGUUUCGGCCAGGUUCUGGCUGAUGGACUGCCGAAACAUCAGUGACGCAACCAAAAUGGCAACAGAACUUUACAGGGAAGCCAUCCACGUACCUUUCAUGGCCAAAUUUGUUGUUUUCGCCAAGAGGAUAGAUAUUCUAGAAGCUAGGUUAAGAGUAUUUUGUAUGACGGAUGAUAAAGAGGACAAGACUUUGGAACAUCAAGAGCAUUUCACUGAGGUUGCCAAAAGCCGAGAUGUUGAGGUUCUUGAGGGUAAACCGCAGUACGUUGAGUUUGCCGCCAACCUAGUGCCUGUUACCAAGUCAGGUGACCAACUGCAGCUUGGAUUCAGGGCGUUCCGGGAAAACCGGCUGCCGUUCACCGUUCGCGUCAAAGACCCCCACGCCGAACCCAUUGGAAGGACUCUGUUCAUGCGGGAGCCUAAGAUUCCAAAGGGCGAGGCUCCUCAGCAACCCAUAUGCGUGCUGAACAUAGUCCUACCAGAAGAGAUAAUACCUGAAACUAGCUUACCUGAUCAAGAUCUUCAUAAGUACAGCUUUAUCAAAGAUUCCAGUGGCCUUGAAUCGUAUCAGAGAGCUGACCUGCGGCUGUCUGAUAUCAGCAACCUGCUUGGAGAAGACUGGAUGCAUCUGGCUGAGGAGCUGGGUGUAUCUGUAUCCGAUAUCAAUAGACUGAAAUCCGAGUGUCCAGGUAGUGUGGCGCAACAGGGUCUAGCCAUGUUGAGGUUUUGGAAGGCAGAAGCAGAAGAACUGAGAAGAGUACAAGAGAGGAUCCUCCAAAAAGCAGAAGGCAAAGAAAUAGAAAAGGAUGACAAAGAAGAGAGUAAAUAUGUGGCGGAAGAGAAAGAAGUUGAAGAGGAAGAAGAAGAGGUUGAAGAGGUUAAGAAGAGUGUUUCUGAACGAAGAAAGGAAAUCGAAAUGAGACUGUCACAGGAGAAGGAAAAAGUACCGAAAUUGGAGAAACGGUUGUCUCAAGAAACAAAAGUUCUGACUGAGAAAGAAAUAAUAACAUCGGACUCUACUAAAAUACUAGAUCAGCCAUCAGAAAAAGAAAUAGCAGAAGAGAAGAAAUUCGAACCCGAUAACGAAGUACCAGAGCCAGCUGAACUUUCGUUUGCUGAGAAACGAUUGUCGUUUGAGAAAGGCUUGAAACAAGAUGCCCUGAAAAAGGCCGAUGAUAAAACUGUCGACAGUCAGAAGUUUAUCUUCGAGGAGCAGAAGGUUACCGUCCAGUCAGUUGCUCCUGCAGAAGUUCCUCCCAGGAAGACAGUCGAGCAGGAAGUCUCAGGUAAAGUGAAGGAGUCUGAAACGUUUGAAUCUGUUGAGAAGAAGAAAACCACAGAGACAAUAGCGUACAGCGAUGACAGAAAUGUCGUUAUUAGCAAUGACCAAACCGUAUCUAGCCAAAGGCGGGACUCGCAAUUAAUGGAAGGCGUUACAGAAACAUUUGAUCGACUUGGGAUGACCGCCUAUGCUCCACAGCCACAAGAUCUGCUAUCUCCAAAGGUCUCCAAGACUCCUCCUCCCAGCCCUGCCGAAUUCAAGGACACUACAGCAGGAACAACAGCUUGGGAAGAGACAGCAACUGCUCAAUUAACACAAGCAAAGUCCCAGACUGCAACAGUGUAUACGGCAACAGCUUCACCUCAAGAAGAUGACGAUUCUAUGGAUACUGAUGGAUUCCAAGAGCAGUUACUCUUUGAGAGUCCAACUCCCGUGGAGGAUAGGUUUGUUUGUGGACCCAUUGCAAAAUUUGAAGAUGAAUUCGACGAUAUCUCGCCGGCUUGUGGGGAUAGGGGAGCCGUCAGACCUGCAAAUCUGCAAAUUGCAUCUAAGCUGUACUCACCUGGUGAUGAGAAGGGUGCAGCUGACUCCCGUAGGCGUGAACAUCCCAAACUGCCCGAUGCAGUUCAAUCCGAUCACAUAAAACGGUUAUCCGGUGGCGUGGGAGAUGAAGAUAAAAAAGAAAAUACUUCGGAAAACAGUAAAUAUUUCUCAAGCAAGGGUGAAAAUAAAAGUCAACCUCAAGGGAUACUGAAAGAAGAAACUGGCGAUAGAUCUAACAAGAAGAAGGAAGCACUAAAACAUUCUAACGAAGAUGGAAAAGAAAUUUUUAGCACAACGGAUACAAAACAUACGGAUCGCGGAACAAGUCCUUUGGACAAAAAAGAUAUUAAUUCUCCUGAUGAGUCAGAAACUUCGCAGCAAAAACCUACUUUGGAACUUGUCAUUGGAAGGAAAGAAGUAAGGACAAAAGAAGCAAGUGCUACCUCAGAGAGUCGACUAACACUUUAUGCUACAAGAGAUGUGGAAAUAUCAAUUAGAUCACAAUCACACAUAAGCUUAACUACAACAAGACGUGAAGUUGGUGGGAAAGCAACAUCUGAGACUGUUAAUAUGAAAACUCGAGUCUCUACUGACCAAGGUAUUGAAACUGUUGAUGACUACAUAAUACCAACAACUGAAACCAAAGAGAAGAAAAAAGAAGAUACUGUGAUUUUUAGUGGAAGGAAGAGUAUUUACACUUAUGAAAGUCAAGGAGAUGGAUCUCCAACAUUUGAGUGUUUUGAGAGCCCAUUGACUGAUGAAAGUGUGUCACAUCAUAUCACAGACACAGGUAUUAGUUUGACAAGGGGUACUGUAACAGAAGAGACACUCACUAGUCCCACACAUCAUCAUCUUGUCAGUGAUUUGGGUCGAGGCUUCAUUUCUGACACUGCUGUUGAUGUAGAACUUGAAGAAGCUGAAUUGACUGAUGCUGGUCUAAGUCCAAUUCAACCUGAUGACAUUGGUCUCCAGCAGGCUGAAAUGAGUUUCAUCGAAGAAGAGAUGUUUCGCAAUAAAUACUGUGAUAUAGGAAGUAGUCCUGUUUUUCCCGGUAGUAUCUCUGUAGCCCUCUCUCCAUUUCAAAUAGCCACUUCUGAUGCUUGUGUUCAUACAGAUCCAGUUGAAAUGUGUGAUACAGGAGUCAGUCCCAUAAAAAUUGAAGAGUCCACAAUUCAAAACCUUCUUAGAGAUGAAUCUAUUGAUCAGCGUGGGUCAAUGGAUGUGAAAGCUAUAAUUAAACAGAUAGAGCAACAUUCACAAACUCCAAUCUGCAAUGAGGCAAAGAUGAAGUCAGAAAAUGAAAAGAGACAAUUUACUCAGUCAUCUACAAAAGAAGCAGAUAACCUGAUUAAAAGUCAAAGUCAACUGAGAGAAUACGAUUUGAAACAACAGUUGAAUAAGAUUCAAAAAAUUGACUCAAGUCAACAAGAAGAAAUUGUCUCAUUCACAUCACCAACCCAUACAAAAAGCAUUGGUCCAAAGAUCAAGGAGUUACAGAAAAUUUUCACUCUGUCAUUGGAAGCUGAUGAUGAACUUUCUGAUUCAGAUUCCUAUCAAAAACCUAACCCACAGGCAUCUGAGUUCAUUGAGGAAGUUUCCAAAGGAACAAAAGAUCAGCCUUCCAAUAUUCAUGAGGUGAUAGAGAAUUUGGAAAAGAAAUUUUUAGCUGACAAUCUGAGCUCUGAAGAGAAAAUACUGAUGCGAGGUAGAAAAUCUAUUCACACAUCAAUUGAUUCAAAAGAGAUGCUCCAUAAAGUAGAAUCAACUGAAGUACAAGAAACUCACGAGUACAGUCAAGAUGGUUCAGGAAAAGAUGAUCAUCAUAAAAUUCUGAACUUUAUUACCAGCCAAACAAAAAACAUGAGAGAAAAUAUAGAUGAGACAGAGAGACCAUCAAAUAUUGCAGUUGAGGAGAGGAGUACUCGGGAGGUAGCAAACUUACAAGAUAAACUUCUAGAAAUUUUGGAAAGUGAAGAAAGUACACUUCAAAAAAUGGAUGGAGCACUGAAACCAACUAGAUUCAAUAAAAAGGAUGAAGGAAACAAGAUGAGUGAAUUUAUGGAACAUCAAGAUAGUGAAGGAAUCAUUACUAAGUCAAAGCCAGAGGAAAACGUUCAAACUGAAAUUUAUUCAAAAAGGGAAGACGAGAUAAGUUUGACAACAUUCUCGCUCGGCGUAAGAGAGAACAUUGAUAACAAUCUGGAAGAAACAGAGAUCGAAAUGUCGAAACUAAUAUCAGAAGUUCAAAAAGUAACCAGAGAAAUCAGGAGUGAAGUAAAAGAGUUGAAACCAGACUUGAUUGAAACACCAGAUUGGAAAGAUACAGAAUAUGAGAAAAGCAUACAUCCAAUAACAGAUCUCAUAAUGGAGAAGACUAAUAAAACAGAGGAUGAACAGGAAAAGGGAAUUAUUGUUUCCACAACAUAUUCAUUCCUGGGAAAAGAAGAGAGUACUGAACAUGUACAGUCAACUGAACUAGAUGAGACCUCAACAGUGGCUGCCAUAGAGGUAACAAAGAAACGAUACAAGCAGGUAUCACUUUUUAAAAGUCAGAUAGAAAUAGUUGAGCCAGAAACUAUUGUGGAGAAAGCUCCAUCCAUCAUUGACUCUGAUCAAAAGAUCCAAGUCGAAGAUUUCAAAUUGGAUGAAAAGGCACAGGAUGAAGAAAACAUAAAGGAAACAAUCAGCAAGGAUGCAGAACCAUCCCAGCCUGUUGACAAACCCGAAUUACUAGAUCUACCAGAAGAAGACAAAUCUACAAAGAGAGAUUCACACGCAGUUGCAACAUCAGAAAGAUUGACAGAAAUAGUUGCUCCAAUCAUUGAAAAGCAACCAAAAGAUGAAGCAGCAGAAGAAGACAAACCAGCAGCACCAGUAGUAAUCUCCACAUAUGAAACAGAUCAGAUAAAGAAAGAAGUUUCUCCAACAAAGCCAGUGCCUUCAACUGAAGUUGAAGGCAUUCAAGAUGUGCAACCAAGCAAAGAGGAUAGUAGUGUGAGCCCAUCUGUUGAUUCUGCAACUACACUAGAGGAUGCAAAAUCCCGAUUGGAAGCAACAGUGGGUGCUGUUGUAGUUACAGAAGAAACUGACAAGCAAGUUGAUGUAUUAACAAAAUCUACAGAAGAAAUGAAGACUGCAGAUGAAGAAUCAGCAGCAAAACUGGCAUCUCAGAUUGAACCUGCCACUGAGAGUGUUGAGAUCAAACUGUCUCCAAUUGAACAACCAGUGACUGAAAAGUUAAAAGAGGCAACAUCUGAAUUGCUUGAAAAGCAAGUUGUUGAAACUGAGCCAUCACUGAAAACCACAUCAAAACCAGAAGAAGCUGAAAAAUCAGAGAUCACAGUGGAGAAAGAAGCUGUAGCAACAGUUGCUACAGCAGUAACACCAUUGCCAGCAGAAGAACCUCUUGCAGUAUCACACAAGGCACAAGAAGUUGAGCAGAUACCUCUUGUUGAUAGUCAGAUAGAAAUUGUCAAGCUAGAAGCUAUUGUGGAGAAGGCUCCAUCCAGCAUUGACUCCGAUCAAAAGAUCCAGGUUGAAGAUUCCAAAUUGGAUGAAAAGGCACAGGAUGAAGAAGACAUUAAGGCAACAAUCAGCAAGGAUGCAGAACCAUCACAGCCUGUAGACCAAUCCGAAUCAUUAGAUCUACCAGAUGAAGACAAACCUACAAAGGAAGAUUCACAAAUAGUCGCAACAUCAGAAAAAUUGCCAGAAAUCGUUGCUCCAAUCAUUGAAAAGAAACCAGAAGAUGGAGCAGCAGAAGAAGACAAACCAGCAGCACCAGUAGCAAUCUCCACAUCUGAAGCAGAUCAGACAGAGAAAGAAGUUUCUCCAACAAAGCCAGUGCCUUCAACAGAAGUUGAAGAAGUCAUUCAAGAUGGGCAACCAAGCAAAGAGGAUAUUAGUGUGAGCCCAUCUGUUGAUUCUGCAAUUACACUAGAGGAUGCAAAGUCCCCAUUGGACACAACAGUGGGUGCUGUUGUAGUUACAGAAGAAACUGACAAGCAAGUUGAUGUAUCACCAAAAGCUACAGAAGAAAUGAAGACUGCAGAUGAAGAAUCAGCAGCAAAACUGGCAUCUCAGAUUGAACCUGCCACUGAGAGUGUUGAGAUCAAACUGUCUCCAAUUGAACAACCAGUGACUGAAAAGUUAGAAGAGGCAACAACAGAAUUGCUUGAAAAGCAAGUUGUAGAAACUGAGCCAUCACUGAUAACCACAUCAAAACCAGAAGAAGCUGAAAAAUCAGAGAUCACAGUGGAGAAAGAAGUUUUAGCAACAGUUGCUACAGCAGUAACACCAUUGCCAGCAGAAGAACCUCUUGCACUAUCACACAAGGCACAAGAAGUUGAGCAGAUACCUCUUGUUGAUAGUCAGAUAGAAAUUGUCAAGCCAGAAGCCAUUGUGGAGAAGGCUCCAUCCAGCAUUGACUCUGAUCAAAAGAUCCAGGUAGAAGAUUCCAAAUUGGAUGAAAAGGCACAGGAUGAAAAAGACAUUAAGGCAACAAUAAGCAAGGAUGCAGAACCAUCACAGCCUGUAGACAAACCCGAAUCAUUAGAUCUACCAGAUGAAGACAAAUCUACAAGGGAAGAUUCACAAAUAGUCGCAACAUCAGAAAAAUUGCCAGAAAUCAUUGCUCCAAUCAUUGAAAAGAAACCAGAAGAUGAAGCAGCAGAAGAAGACAAACCAGCAGCACCAGUAGCAAUCUCCACAUCUGAAGCAGAUCAGACAGAGAAACAAGUUUCUCCAACAAAGCCAGUGCCUUCAACUGAAGUUGAAGAAGUCAUUCAAGAUGUGCAACCAAGCAAAGAGGAUAGUAGUGUGAGCCCAUCUGUUGAUUCUGCAACUACACUAGAGGAUGCAAAGUCCCCAUUGGAAGCAACAGUGGGUCCUGUUGUAGUUACAGAAGAAACUGACAAGCAAGUUGAUGUAUCACCAAAAGCUACAGAAGAAAUGAAGACUGCAGAUGAAGAAUCAGCAGCAAAACUGGCAUCUCAGAUUGAACCUGCCACUGAGAGUGUUGAGAUCAAACUGUCUCCAAUUGAACAACCAGUGACUGAAAAGUUAGAAGAGGCAACAACAGAAUUGCUUGAAAAGCAAGUUGUUGAAACUGAGCCAUCACUGACAACCACAUCAGAACCAGAAGAAGCUGAAAAAUCAGAGAUCACAGUGGAGAAAGAAGCUGUAGCAACAGUUGCUACAGCAGUAACACCAUUGCCAGCAGAAGAACCUCUUGCAGUAUCAGACAAGGCACAAGAAGUUGAGCAGAUACCUCUUGUUGAUAGUCAGAUAGAAAUUGUCAAGCCAGAAGCUAUUGUGGAGAAGGCUCCAUCCAGCAUUGACUCCGAUCAAAAGAUCCAGGUUGAAGAUUCCAAAUUGGAUGAAAAGGCACAGGAUGAAGAAGACAUUAAGGCAACAAUCAGCAAGGAUGCAGAACCAUCACAGCCUGUAGACAAACCCGAAUCAUUAGAUCUACCAGAUGAAGACAAAUCUACAAAGGAAGAUUCACAAAUAGUCGCAACAUCAGAAAAAUUGCCAGAAAUCGUUGCUCCAAUCAUUGAAAAGAAACCAGAAGAUGAAGCAGCAGAAGAAGACAAACCAGCAGCACCAGUAGCAAUCUCCACAUCUGAAGCAGAUCAGACAGAGAAAGAAGUUUCUCCAACAAAGCCAGUGCCUUCAACUGAAGUUGAAGAAGUCAUUCAAGAUGUGCAACCAAGCAAAGAGGAUAGUAGUGUGAGCCCAUCUGUUGAUUCUGCAACUACACUAGAGGAUGCAAAGUCCCCAUUGGAAGCAACAGUGGGUGCUGUUGUAGUUACAGAAGAAACUGACAAGCAAGUUGAUGUAUCACCAAAAGCUACAGAAGAAAUGAAGACUGCAGAUGAAGAAUCAGCAGCAAAACUGGCAUCUCAGAUUGAACCUGCCACUGAGAGUGUUGAGAUCAAACUGUCUCCAAUUGAACAACCAGUGACUGAAAAGUUAGAAGAGGCAACAACAGAAUUGCUUGAAAAGCAAGUUGUUGAAACUGAGCCAUCACUGACAACCACAUCAAAACCAGAAGAAGCUGAAAAAUCAGAGAUCACAGUGGAGAAAGAAGCUGUAGCAACAGUUGCUACAGCAGUAACACCAUUGCCAGCAGAAGAACCUCUUGCAGUAUCAGACAAGGCACAAGAAGUUGAGCAGAUACCUCUUGUUGAUAGUCAGAUAGAAAUUGUCAAGCCAGAAGCUAUUGUGGAGAAGGCUCCAUCCAGCAUUGACUCCGAUCAAAAGAUCCAGGUUGAAGAUUCCAAAUUGGAUGAAAAGGCACAGGAUGAAGAAGACAUUAAGGCAACAAUCAGCAAGGAUGCAGAACCAUCACAGCCUGUAGACAAACCCGAAUCAUUAGAUCUACCAGAUGAAGACAAAUCUACAAAGGAAGAUUCACAAAUAGUCGCAACAUCAGAAAAAUUGCCAGAAAUUGUUGCUCCAAUCGUUGAAAAGAAACCAGAAGAUGAAGCAGCAGAAGAAGACAAACCAGCAGCACCAGUAGCAAUCUCCACAUCUGAAGCAGAUCAGACAGAGAAACAAGUUUCUCCAACAAAGCCAGUGCCUUCAACUGAAGUUGAAGAAGUCAUUCAAGAUGUGCAACCAAGCAAAGAGGAUAGUAGUGUGAGCCCAUCUGUUGAUUCUGCAACUACACUAGAGGAUGCAAAGUCCCCAUUGGAAGCAACAGUGGAUGCUGUUGUAGUUACAGAAGAAACUGACAAGCAAGUUGAUGUAUCACCAGAAGCUACAGAAGAAAUGAAGACUGCAGAUGAAGAAUCAGCAGCAAAACUGGCAUCUCAGAUUGAACCUGCCACUGAGAGUGUUGAGAUCAAACUGUCUCCAAUUGAACAACCAGUGACUGAAAAGUUAGAAGAGGCAACAACAGAAUUGCUUGAAAAGCAAGUUGUUGAAACUGAGCCAUCACUGACAACCACAUCAAAACCAGAAGAAGCUGAAAAAUCAGAGAUCACAGUGGAGAAAGAAGCUGUAGCAACAGUUGCUACAGCAGUAACACCAUUGCCAGCAGAAGAACCUCUUGCAGUAUCAGACAAGGCACAAGAAGUUGAGCAGAUACCUCUUGUUGAUAGUCAGAUAGAAAUUGUCAAGCCAGAAGCUAUUGUGGAGAAGGCUCCAUCCAGCAUUGACUCCGAUCAAAAGAUCCAGGUUGAAGAUUCCAAAUUGGAUGAAAAGGCACAGGAUGAAGAAGACAUUAAGGCAACAAUCAGCAAGGAUGCAGAACCAUCACAGCCUGUAGACAAACCCGAAUCAUUAGAUCUACCAGAUGAAGACAAAUCUCCAAAGGAAGAUUCACAAAUAGUCGCAACAUCAGAAAAAUUGCCAGAAAUUGUUGCUCCAAUCGUUGAAAAGAAACCAGAAGAUGAAGCAGCAGAAGAAGACAAACCAGCAGCACCAGUAGCAAUCUCCACAUCUGAAGCAGAUCAGACAGAGAAAGAAGUUUCUCCAACAAAGCCAGUGCCUUCAACUGAAGUUGAAGAAGUCAUUCAAGAUGUGCAACCAAGCAAAGAGGAUAGUAGUGUGAGCCCAUCUGUUGAUUCUGCAACUACACUAGAGGAUGCAAAGUCCCCAUUGGAAGCAACAGUGGGUGCUGUUGUAGUUACAGAAGAAACUGACAAGCAAGUUGAUGUAUCACCAGAAGCUACAGAAGAAAUGAAGACUGCAGAUGAAGAAUCAGCAGCAAAACUGGCAUCUCAGAUUGAACCUGCCACUGAGAGUGUUGAGAUCAAACUGUCUCCAAUUGAACAACCAGUGACUGAAAAGUUAGAAGAGGCAACAACAGAAUUGCUUGAAAAGCAAGUUGUUGAAACUGAGCCAUCACUGACAACCACAUCAAAACCAGAAGAAGCUGAAAAAUCAGAGAUCACAGUGGAGAAAGAAGCUGUAGCAACAGUUGCUACAGCAGUAACACCAUUGCCAGCAGAAGAACCUCUUGCAGUAUCAGACAAGGCACAAGAAGUUGAGCAGAUACCUCUUGUUGAUAGUCAGAUAGAAAUUGUCAAGCCAGAAGCUAUUGUGGAGAAGGCUCCAUCCAGCAUUGACUCCGAUCAAAAGAUCCAGGUUGAAGAUUCCAAAUUGGAUGAAAAGGCACAGGAUGAAGAAGACAUUAAGGCAACAAUCAGCAAGGAUGCAGAACCAUCACAGCCUGUAGACAAACCCGAAUCAUUAGAUCUACCAGAUGAAGACAAAUCUACAAAGGAAGAUUCACAAAUAGUCGCAACAUCAGAAAAAUUGCCAGAAAUCGUUGCUCCAAUCAUUGAAAAGAAACCAGAAGAUGAAGCAGCAGAAGAAGACAAACCAGCAGCACCAGUAGCAAUCUCUACAUCUGAAGCAGAUCAGACAGAGAAACAAGUUUCUCCAACAAAGCCAGUGCCUUCAACUGAAGUUGAAGAAGUCAUUCAAGAUGUGCAACCAAGCAAAGAGGAUAGUAGUGUGAGCCCAUCUGUUGAUUCUGCAACUACACUAGAGGAUGCAAAGUCCCCAUUGGAAGCAACAGUGGGUCCUGUUGUAGUUACAGAAGAAACUGACAAGCAAGUUGAUGUAUCACCAAAAGCUACAGAAGAAAUGAAGACUGCAGAUGAAGAAUCAGCAGCAAAACUGGCAUCUCAGAUUGAAACUGCCACUGAGAGUGUUGAGAUCAAACUGUCUCCAAUUGAACAACCAGUGACUGAAAAGUUAGAAGAGGCAACAACAGAAUUGCUUGAAAAGCAAGUUGUUGAAACUGAGCCAUCACUGACAACCACAUCAGAACCAGAAGAAGCUGAAAAAUCAGAGAUCACAGUGGAGAAAGAAGCUGUAGCAACAGUUGCUACAGCAGUAACACCAUUGCCAGCAGAAGAACCUCUUGCAGUAUCAGACAAGGCACAAGAAGUUGAGCAGAUACCUCUUGUUGAUAGUCAGAUAGAAAUUGUCAAGCCAGAAGCUAUUGUGGAGAAGGCUCCAUCCAGCAUUGACUCCGAUCAAAAGAUCCAGGUUGAAGAUUCCAAAUUGGAUGAAAAGGCACAGGAUGAAGAAGACAUUAAGGCAACAAUCAGCAAGGAUGCAGAACCAUCACAGCCUGUAGACAACCCGAAUCAUUAGAUCUACCAGAUGAAGACAAAUCUCCAAAAGAACAGUUUCACAUAUCUCUCCUAAAUCUUCCGAUUCUCUUAUAUCAAAACAUGAACAUACAAAGCUAAAAUCGAUUCAGAGUGCAAGCAAAUUGAAAACAAGACCCACUCAAUCACUCACGGAAAGUAGCUUGAAAAAGGGAGGAAUUCCUCAACGAAAACCAGAAAAAGCCAUCCCUGAUAUAACUAGAAGCUCUGUCACAAAGACAAGAACCAAAGGAUAUAUGGCAUCCACUCUUUCAAGAGAUAGAAAAGUUGAGGAAAAAAUCAAACUAAAAGAACCAUCUGCAAGAGAUAUAGUACAUAAGAAAUCUGAUACUCAUCAAAAACAUGUGCCUAAAAAAUACAGUGUGUAUGAUUCAGCAAAGUUCUCAUCUCUUCCUUCUACACCAGAGAAAAAAAAUAAAAUAACUUCACCAAGAAUGCAAAGACAAGAUGUCCCUUCCACAUCAAAAACAAGGAGUACCCCUUCCACCCCGGUUAAAAAAUCACGGAAUCAAAUAUCUUCUAUCAAAUCCGAUUCAGAACCUCUCAAACCCAUUAGUUUGAAAAAACCUGGCAGCAAGCUAAUAAUUAGUACUGUAAAAAAAGAGUUACCAAAAAAAGAUAAUCUCAUUAAUAAUAAUUUGAGAAAACAUAAGACUGAUUCUGUCCAAUCUAUCAAGAAGUCCAAGAAAACUAUCAUCCAAUUAGAUAAUACUAAAUCAAGAGCAAAUGCUUUACCAAAAACAAGUCAGUCCAACUCCAAUAAAUUGAUGAAAGUUCCAACAUCAAAAACCAAGAAGACCAAGAAUAUACUGACAAAUGAAAAGAAUGUUAAAGAAGAAAAGAAAAUUAUCCAAAAGGCUGUUGAGAAAAACGUAAAAGAUAUUGGAAAGACAACCAGCCAGACCAUUCUAUUAGAGUCUACAAAACCGGUUAUUGAAAGUCAAGCUACUACUGCAAAAAGAGAAUUUACUAGUGAGACAGUAGAAAGUAUAAAACGAGCAUCUUCUGCACCUUCUUCAUAUGUAGAAAUGAGUGAGGAAAAUAGAAUAAAACUGUUAGGUUCCCCAUCAAGAUGUACCAUGGUUCAAAAAGAUCAACAAUCAACUAUCAAUAGAAAUAGAGGUCCUUCUUCUCUCCCAUCUAGUCCUCGUAGAAUGCAACUACCUCAGCCGCAAUCAGGAAGUGUUAUGCAACUUCUUACUUCUGAAGUAUUCACAAGGACCAUAGAUACAACAGAGGCAAUAGAGGUGGUUUAUAAGCAACCAAGUGACCCUUUCAAAAGAACUGGCUCUAAACAUGAUCAAAACACGCACAUUGAUAUGGGAGAGUUCUCAAUGAUUGACACCACUGACUCUUCACUUUCUGAUUCAGUUGCUCUUCCCUCCUCCUCUUCCGAUCAUGAUCUUAGUACCGAUGCAAGUAGUCGGUUCAGAGCCAGCAUUUCACCAGCAUCUCCCAAACUUUCUAGAAGAGUAAGAGAAUCGUUCAGUCCAAAGGUCCGUACCUCUGAUAUAAUUGAAUGUGCAACCGUCCCAGAAAUUGAUACUUCUGACAAUGAACCAUCUCCAACUAAAUCCUCAAUGACCUCAUCCAUUGAUGACACAAAAAUCUGCACAACCCCAGUUAAACAAGCCAAUAAUGAUGAAAGCUCGGUUAAUAAAAGUCCAAUAUCUUUCUCAGGAGAACUCUUAUCUCCAAUAUUAGCUGUUCAUUCAAUCACUUCUCCUCAGCCCAAACGCAGAUUCCUGUAUGCAUCUUCAGAUGAAGAGGACACUUCCUUUUCCCCUUCAGGUAACUCAUUGCCCCACCAGCCAUCGACCAGUAUGCACCAUAUGGAAUCAUCAACUGAUCACAGCAUGCUGCUCCCCUCUGAGAUAGAGGAAGAUACACAUUUUGUCGAGAAUGAGUAUUUGAAGAAAGACAGCGACUACGCACACCAUAAGUCAAAGGGAGUACAGCGAAAGAACAGAGAAAACGAUCUCAUCCAUGAACAUUCCACAUCUACAAUAACAACUGAUUCUGUAAUAAACACUGAAAGCAAGUACACCGGAAAAGAAGAGCAUACGUUUAAUGCUCAAGAAACUAGAAAAAAAUUAGUUCCAGACAGAGUGCAAUACUUGAACAUAGUUGGACACCUUGCAGAAGAUCCCAACUCGGAACUAUUCGAAAAUAUAGAAGAAUAUUUGGAACAGAUAAAGGCAUAUCAUAUGGCAGUAAAGGAAACGCAGGUUCCUACUAUCUCGAUAACUGGUGAGGAUGAUGGCACAGGCAUUGUCAUUGAAAAUAUAAAAUCAAGAAGAUUGGGGACUAAAAAAGGCAGAAAACAAAAUGAUAAGAAUAGGAAAACAGCCGAUGAAGAACCUAUAGAACAAGCAAUUGAAGCUCAAAGCUAUAAUGAUGAUUUUGAUACUGUACAGCAGAAAGAAAAUUCGGAGGCUAAAGUUGAAUUGGAUGAUGAAGAAGAAGUGACUGAUGAAUAUGUCUCUCCUAAAUCGUACCUUCUUAACGCCUGUGAUAAGAAUCUUGAUGUAGCAACAGAUUUGGAAGACAUGUACGCUAGUGACAAUGAAGAUUUCGAUGAAAGUGAUCACUAUGA